AUGAAUGUCUUCAAUAUGUUGCUUCUACUACUCGUCUCCGCGUUCUACGGAAUUGCUGCGAAAGCAGAACUGAUCUCUUCCACCAGCUUAAGCCUAUAUUCCGAUGAGAAAGCCCUCUCUCCGAUGCCUCUGGAAAACCGUGGUGGUUGGGUCAAUCCUGAGGACUUGGAUCCUAUGCCUCAGUGCAUUGCUCAGCAAGACCAAUCCGUCUGGCUGGAUGCUAUGACGAAAUGCACCAGCAGUCGAUGCACAAGACGUUUCACAUUCAUAUGCACCCAUACGCAGUGGCUGACCCAACUCAGCUGCCUGAGCUCUGCAUUCUCCCCCGGCCUUGUCAGAAACUAUCUUCCGCAGUGCGGUCGGUCAGUGCUCGCUAAGAUACAGCUGAACAACUGGAUUUCCAAGUAUACUGGUCGAACAUGGCUGGUCGAUAUCGGCGAUGCGGACAACCUACUUCCCAUCUCGCCUGAAUUCUUAAAAGAUGGACUCACCACAGUCGAUGUGCUCAACAAGGCGCCAACAUGCUUGACGAGCUCGGAUUCUGCUUCGUCGAUGGAGGCAUUUGAGCAUAUCGCGGCGUCCUGUGGCUUCACGAGCUCCACAGAGGAGACUGGCGAUAUCUUUCGUUCUUGGGAGUAUGAUCAGUCUCUGAGAUCGAUGAUUGCUCUGGAAUAUGAGACCGCUGGGUUGUACGAACUGACUGGGCAUAGUGUCCGACAUGGCAACUAUUUAGAUAAGAAAUGCUUCUGCGGUGCGUAUGAACUGAACCCAGAAGAGGAGCCCUGUUCAGCGCCAGAAAAUAUAGACCUGACGAGAGGACGUUUGUGGAUGAACGCCACCUGUGGGCCAGCAUCUCUACCCAGAAACUGGGAGGAUACAGUCAAAACAACGGGAUGGAGGUACAUCCCUAUCGAAGACUGGGGGUGGCCAAAUUGGGUUGCAGAUGUUCCACAACAUCUAAUUGGGCUUACUGGCGAAUGCUUAAGUGAUGCCUGUGAGGUCGACUCCCAGGGCUACUGCGACAGGAUCAUCCCCUCGUUUGACAGAGCUUGCUUUUGCCAUGCCAGCAAUUACGAAUCUUGUGGCGACCAGUGCCAAAAUUUCGACAACAGAAUAGAUUAUGUCAAUUGGCUUCAUGAUCUUUGUGGAGAUGUUCAGGAUUGGCACGGCCUACCAGAUAACUGGCGUGAUCUGACUGAACCUACCGCGCUUGAGCUGAUUCCCUGGCAAUGGACCCUCAAGCCAUUCAACAACACAAGCCUAGAUUGCACGACCCAUGGGGAAUCUUCUGAGCCUGGAGCCACAUGUGCUGCGACUGUAUGGAAGUUCGGAAGCCUUGCUCUGGUCAACAUAGCUACUUUAUUCAUUGCUAUCUUGACACCCGGUACUCGCAAGUCACAGGACGGACGAAAUCAUCUUCGGCGCUCACGGCCAUGGUAUUGUACGGGAAUAUUUAUGGCGGCACUUCAAAUCUCUGCUAUUGGACUCAACGCACUUCUUACCCGGAGCACCCCUGGAUACGAGGACAUCUCCGCGGCUCAGUUGAUACUUCUCUGGUGCACAAUGCCUCGCCUAACUUCCCUAACAGCGUUGAUAGUUGAUUUCACAUCCCGCAAACGGUUGACUUUCUCUGGGAUUGCGGCACCCCUGUUUGCGGACACAAUUCUGCAGGCCUUAUCCUCGUAUUACAUGUUCAUGACUUUCAACUAUGGCUGGGAGCACAAAUUCUACUGGGGAUUCAUCGAAAAACUCAAAUAUUCGCAGUCAGCACAACUCAUGUAUGCAGGGGCAUAUUUAUGGCAUGCUGCUAUUCUUGUGACAGUAGCUGUGCUAUUGAGCUUGUUGAACCGGGAUGGAAAUUGGAUGAGAGACAAGAAAACAUGCCCCCGGAUAUGUGAGGUUAGGAUAUUAGAGGAAGCGGGCUUAAUGAGCAACCAGCAUGGGAUUCACACCUCUUAUGGCACUAUCACUAUCGAUCAUAAAGGUAACCCGGUACCCAAGACAGCGUUGAAGGAACUGUAUACUAUCUCAAUGAUCAGCAUGGUCUUCCUUUGGGGUUUCCAAUGGCUUUUCUGGAUUGGGUUUAUUGGCCUGGCUCUAGACGAGUAUGUUCCCCUCCAUGGCUCGGAGUUUGAAUUCGCUAACCGGCCCAGGUUUUGUCCUCCAAAUCUUCUCACUCUUACAGCUGUUUGGGUCGUCUUCUCAUGGGUGGGUAUCCUUGUCCGGGUCGCUUGA